GUGAGGAUGGGCACUCUCCACGGCCUGGCUCUGCCCCUUUUUUUCUGCUGCUGGGAGGCUGGGGCUGCUGGGAGCUCUACAGGUAGAGAUGAAGGCUUCCUCCUCCUGCAACUGAGUGUGGCCUCCCCAGAAGAACUCACUGACCUCAGAGUGGCAAAGAGACUGAUGCACCACCUCCACCGUGAAAUGCAUGCCCACAUGCCUCCCACCCAAGUCUCCCUGCUGCAUGUCAGAAGGGACUAAAGAACAUCAGCUGCAGC